GGCAAGCAAAGCAGGAAGCAGUGAUACACGAUCUGCUUAUAGACUGACAAUUUCACACAGUUGAGAGGUUGCUUGUCCCCAGGGUUCCCUGGCCAAAACUCAUCUCCAAACAACCCGGACUUCUACACUAUCGCCUUCAGUAUCUGUAGGCGUUACCGCUUCCUUUCCACCGCAUCACCUGUAUCAUCUGUGAAGAUACGAUCAGCUUGGGAAUCAUCACCUGCAAGAGCCACUGCCGCUUCCAAUGUUCUCCAGGGAGAUACGACAUUUAUUAUCUCGGGGUUCAAGCCUUGUCUUGUGAUCUUCAGUCGGCAUAGACCAUCGUUUCGGCGCAGCAGUCUCUGGAUCUAUACUUUUGUGUCUGCCCCACGGAGUUGGUUGUGGUCCCCAGAAGUUUCUUUCUUGCAACCAUGAGUUACGACGCCAGACCACCAGAUACUGCCAUGGCAGGAGAUUAUGGGCAAAGUGGCAAUGCAGUAGAGGAACUGGAUUUCGAACUUCUAUUUAAUGAUUAUCCAGUCCUGCUAGAAGAAGAACCGACUCGUUCACAUAAUAUCAGCCCACGUACUGGAGUUGCCUAUCCUCUUGAUGAUGGCUCCGAAUAUGACCUCAAGCCAUACAGUUCUCUGGCUGACCGUAGGCUCUCUGCAUACCCUAUUGGCAGAUAUGAACAUACAGAUAGUGUAGGGUCAAAAUACUACUUGGACCCACAAAAGUCUGGUGAGGCUUCAGCUUUGAGUCCAAGGAUUGAAAUCACUCCAUCUGAACUGAUGCAAUCAGGUGGGUCAUUCUGCAACAGAAUUUCAGAUAACCAGACAAACUCAAAUUCUACUAGCCCACAAUUGUUGCCAGUCCCUGUCCAUGAUGGGGGAUACAGGGAGCCAAUUUGCUUAAGCCCGGCAAGUAGUAAUUCAUCAGCAAGUUUCAUUUCAGAGACAAAUUUUUCUCCUUACACAUCACCAUGUGUUUCACCCAAUAAUGGUCCUAAUGAUGACCUGUUUUAUCAGUUUCAACCCUUCCAUACUCAUUAUUCUCCUAGAGCUUCUCCAAUAAUGUCACCACAAGCAAGAAUCCCAGACGACACCUUCUUGGGACGACAUUCUCCUUCCCCUCGACCAAACUCACGGUCAUCAUCCCCUGGUUCAAAAAGGAGGUACCCUUGCCCAGAGCUCUACAAUAGCCAUCAGAGCACAGUUUCUCCACGGCAGUCAAGAAGUCCUUCUCCCCAGGCUCCACCUCCCAUCCAAAGAAUGGAUGUCAUGAAUAGCCUUACAGAUCAUCCAUUUGUUGUACCGAACAAAAUGUGUAGAAACAGCCCCGAUCCCUCACCAGAAUCUUCCAACAAGAACAUGUCUUACCAUCUUGUCAUCCAAAACGAAGAGUUUCUGGGGCCUUACGAGCAAGAAGAGAGGAAGAAUUCUGACCCAGGAUCGCUACUACUAUUGCCACCGACCUGGCCCAAGCCCCUUGUUCCUGCGAUGCCUUACAGAUGCCCUGAACCUGAAGCAUCAUGGGGCGAUCCCCUCACCCUGGAUACAGAGGUGUCGUGGAGAAUCCCGGCAGCUUCUUUGCCCUCUCUCGAAUGGCCCCUGGCGAGUCAGGUCGGGUCCUACGAGCUUCAGAUCGAAGUUCAGCCUAAGCCACAUCACCGUGCGCAUUAUGAGACCGAAGGUAGUCGCGGAGCAGUGAAAGCCACAACUGGAGGUCACCCAGUGGUCCAGCUUCAUGGGUAUAUGAAGAAUGAACCACUAGGUCUCCAAAUCUUCAUUGGAACUGCAGAUGAGCGCAUUCUCAAACCACACGCCUUCUACCAAGUUCACCGCAUUACAGGAAAGACAGUAACUACCACCAGCUACGAGAGAAUUAUUGGCAACACCAAAGUGCUUGAGAUCCCUCUGGAACCAAAGACGAACAUGAGAGCAACGAUUGACUGCGCUGGUAUCUUAAAAUUAAAAAAUGCUGACAUUGAACUGAGAAAAGGGGAAACCGAUAUUGGGAGGAAGAAUACUCGAGUCCGCUUGGUUUUCCGAAUCCACAUCCCAGAUGCCAGUGGUAGAAUUGUGUCUCUACAAGUUGCUUCCAAUCCUAUCGAAUGCUCUCAAAGAUCAGCACAUGAACUUCCAUUGGUAGAAAGACAGGAUAUUGACAGUUGUCCAGUCUACGGAGGACAGCAGAUGAUUCUCAGUGGACAGAAUUUUACAGCUGAGUCCAAAGUGGUAUUCACAGAGAAGACAUCAGAUGGGCAACAAAUUUGGGAGAUGGAUGCCACAGUGGAUAAAGACAAGAGUCAAGCAAACAUGCUUUUUGUGGAAGUCCCAGAGUAUCGCAACAAACUCAUCAGCACGCCAGUUAAAGUGAAUUUCUAUGUUAUUAACGGCAAAAGAAAACGCAGUCAGACCCAGCACUUCACAUACCUUCCUGUGCCAUCUAUUAAAACAGAGCCGGUUGAUGAGUAUAACCAUCCUAUUGUUGGCAACAAUUUGCAUGGUGGUCUUACAACAGUGUCUCCAAACUACUAUGCACAGCAUACCAUGGCCAACGAGUCUCCAUCCUGCUUGGUCACCAACUUGGUUUCAUGUCAACACGUUCGUUCGAACCUACCUUCCACAGAGUCUCGAUACCGUCAGCAGAAUUCCUCCACUGUGGUCUACCAAGGAAACAAAAGCCUAAGUCCUAAUCAGUUAGGUUACCAUCAGCCCCCUUUAAUGAGCUCACAGAUUCCAAUUCCAGAUGCCCACAGAUCAGUACUUGUCCACGUGGGCUCUCCCAUCCAGUCAUCUGCUGGUCUCCACUCUCCAGUUAAUCCACAACAACCUCCUGUAAUCCAUUAUUCUCCAACCAACCAUCAGAUUAGAUGUGGAAGUCAUCAGGAUUUCCAGCACAUUAUGUGCUCUGAUCAUUUUACGACCAGUCCUACAAGGUCCAGUCAACCACAAGUCAGUCAAGCACAAAGAAUAAGCCCAGGUCCAUACCCGACAGUCAUCCAGCAGCAGUCAAACAGCCACCGAGGUCCAAAAAAUGGACCUCCUAUUACUGAUCAAAAGGAGAUUCAACCAUCUGGGGUUACCGUCAAACAGGAGCAGAAUCUGGAUCAGGCCUACCUAGAUGAUGUUAAUGAAAUAAUCAGGAAGGAGUUCUCAGGCCUGCCUACGAGAAAUCAAACAUAGAAGACCGGAUCUUCUAAAUAUUUUUUAUUGAAUGCUUCCACCUCUGACCCCUUCGGAUCGCUCCGCUCGUCCCAGCACCUUCUGUUUCCUUUCGCUCUGUUGCAGGCCACCACUUUAGCACAAGAGACAAUAUGCUGGCAUACGACCCGCUCUGGCAGUUUUGCAGAUAUUCACAUGUUUCUAUAAACAUCAAAGCCGCAUUCUUCCUUUUGGUUGUAAUACUCAUUGUUCUGUCAUAAGAAAUGAAUUAAAAAAAGACAUGAAGCUUAGAAAAAGAUCUAUGAGAAUUGUCGACUCUCAAACAGGGUCCAAGAAGCACUGACAUUUGUCUUCUAAGACGCUUUUCAAACAAAGAAAGUCUUACAAUCGCUAUAGCAAAAAGUAAUUGCUGAUCUCAGAUUUGGGAUUAGAUGUUAAAGGGGAACUGCCUCUUUCCAAUUUUUAUUAUGUUUAUCCCAAUAUUUAACAAAUAUGUAUUUAAGAGAUGUGAAAACAUUUAAUAAAUGUAGAAAUCGCAGGCAAUCACUGUUAUAAGCUCCACCCUUCGCAGCUGGUAGUCAGCACAGAGAGCAGAGAGGAGGAGAAAUGAAACAAUGUUUCUCCUCCUCAUUUACAAUAUCUGCCCUGGCUGUGCCUUGUCUGAGCUGGAUUGUGAUCUAAUGUUCUAAAUCUUUAAAUUUAAAACAGACUGGAACAAAUAAAAAAGAAUAUUUAAAGAAAAUAAAACGAUAAAAGUGAUUUUCAAGGUUUUAUACAAUUUCCAGAGAAGUGGCCAUUCCCUUUUAAGUAGAGAAUGUUUAGAGUGUCUCAGGAGUUUAAAUUCACUAAACAGGCAAUCGUGGAGAAUGGACAAGGGGAUUGCCAAUCAUGGGCUAAAUGAAUUAUUUUGUCUGAAAAUAGGCAAUGCCCUUGUCCGUAGUUAGUGGAUAAACCCCUGUAGCAAUCUGCAGAAUGAUUAUAAGUUCUGAUUUUCCUUUCUG